AAAAUAGAUUGAAUACUCUAUCCCCCGUUUGAAAUCCGGACAAAAGUUGAGAUACAAAAGAGUUUUGUUAUUUCUAAAGUGUGUAGUCAAAACAAACACAUAUCUCCUCUCAUCUUUUGCUUUUCUAUCAUCAUCUGGAAAGUAAGCUAACCCCAUUAAAGCCAACACACAAACAACUCAAAAACAUUCUUUCUUUCUUGCACUAAGGACACAGCUCCAGACAAACCAGCUCAAAUUUUCUCUCUACCUUUUUAUUUUUUUUUAAUCUUCUCGGAUUUAUGGCUACUACUCAAUGGACUCAGGAUAUUGGAGUAGUGAAAUCAAUGGGUGCAGAAAUAGGUUCAAGGGGUGCAGAGACUAAGAAGGUGAGGCCAGCAAAGGAUGGAGCUGUAAAUUGUCCGAGGUGUAACUCAACAAAUACAAAGUUUUGUUACUACAACAACUACAGCCUGACUCAACCAAGAUACUUCUGCAAGACUUGUAGAAGGUAUUGGACUGAAGGUGGCACUCUCAGGAAUGUUCCUGUUGGUGGUGGCUCAAGAAAAAACAAAAGAUCUUCUUCUUCGCAAAAACUCCCCCAUCUGAACCCUAAUUUGAGUCAUGUUCCAGAUCAUCAUCAAAACGCUAAUAAGAUUAUUGUUGGAAGUACUAGCCAAGAUCUUAGCCUCGGGUUUCAAACUGUGCCACACGAUCAUCAGAUGUUCCAUGGUGUCCCUCAGUUUCUUGGAUUGUCAAAGAUGGAUGGCGGCAACAAUGGUAACAAUCAUCUAGGCAGCACACCAAUUUCAGCUCUGGAGCUGCUCAGGACAGGAAUUGCCUCAAGAGGGUUUACUUCAUUCAUCUCCUCGUCACCAACACCAGAUUUGAAUGCUCUAUACACUUCAGGAUUUCCAUUUCAAGAUUUAAAGCCUAGUGCUGGUAGUACUGAUCAUCAUCCAGCUGGCUUAAGUAGUUAUUCAAAUGGUGGGGUUCAAGAAAAUGGAGGUGCAAGAAUAAUGUUCCCUCUAGGAGGAUUAAAGCAACUUUCAUCAGGUACAAGUGAAGCUGAUCAUCAUAAUCAUCAUCACACUAAGGGGCAGGAGAAUAAUGCAAGUGCUGGAUUAUAUUGGAAUGGGAUGUUAAGUGGUACUGGAGGAUCCUGGUAAAUUAAAGGAACAAUAAUGUGAACAAAUCUUACUUUUAAGUGCUUUUUUUAGGGUACCAUUUUUUUUUUCACGUGCUUUUGUUACUAGUAAUUUGUUUGGUGAUGUUUAGAACUAGUACUAACAUAGAAGACAGCAGAUCUGGUUCCAUUGUAUGUUAAUUUGCUGUAGGAUUAAUUACUUUGAGAUUACUGAAGCUAGCUUUUUUAAAGUCAGCUUCUAGGGUUUCUGUAUUAGUAUGUACUGUGCCUAUAUAUGAUCAUAUAACUACCUUAA